AUGACUGAAAGAAAAAUGUGCAAGUUCUAUAACUUGAAUGUGCCUGAACGCCGAUCCGGGGAACCUGGUAAUCAGAACCAUAUAAACAAUGACGAGGACGAUCGGAACCCCGACGACCCUCUGCAACCGUACGUGCCUCCACACGAACACAAGCUGGAAUACAGUUAUUGGAUGUGGUUUUCAAGAAGACCCCCCGCCAGAGAACUCUCCUCGACCACCACUGGCUAUGGGCAGGCGCUUCGCUUGGUGGGUCGCGUGGCUUCAGUGGAACAGUGGUGGGGCCUCUACACGCACCUAGCGCGUCCGGCGGAGCUCCCCCCACUGUCAGACUUGCAUCUAUUCAAACUAGGCAUUAAGCCCAUGUGGGAAGAUCCCGCCAAUGUUCAUGGUGGAAAAUGGGUGGUUCGACUACGCAAAGCCCAAACGGGUCGAGCGUGGGAGGAUUUGUGUAUGGCCAUGCUCGGGGAGCAGUUCAUGGUUGGAGCUGAGCUUUGUGGAGUUGUACUGUCGGUUCGCUUUCAGGAGGACCACCUAGCCGUGUGGCACCGGACGGCUGCGGACACGGCGGCGGCGGCGCGUGUGCGGGACGCGCUCCGUCGCAUCCUCCAGCUACCCGCCUCGGUGCCUAUAGAGUACAAGGCGCACGGGGACUGCCUGCGCGCCGCGGGGCCCGCGCCCCCGGCCUCCGCCCCGGCGCCCCCCGACGACCGCUCCUAG